AUGAGCUUGCCCCAGAACCCCAAGCCCUUCCUGAACGGGCUGACGGAGAAGCUGGUGAUGGUGAAGCUGAAGUUGAAGUGGCGGAUAGACUACAAGGGCUACCUGGUGUCUGUCAACGGCUACAUGAACAUGCAGCUUGCAAAAACAGAAGAAUACAUAGAUGGUGCAUUGUCAGGACACCUUGAUGAAGUUUUGAUAAGUUGUAACAAUGUCCUGUACAUCAGAGAAGUAGAAGAAGAAGAUGAGAAAUGAGAGAAUAAGUUUGUAUAU